GAUUUGGAGCAGCCACGCGCGGCCCGGGCGCCCGGAGCUAUAGCAGCAGAAGCUGCCGCCGCCGCCGCCGCCGCCGCCGCGCCGGGAGCCCCAGCGCCGCGGCCGCCACCGCGGCGGGCACUCGCGUUCCGGGCGCGCACGGACCAUGGAGAGGGCGGCCCAAGGCGCAGACGGCGGCGGGGGCAGCAACAGCAGCAGCCGCAGCAGCAGCCGCGCCACCUCGGCUGGCUCCUCGCCGUCCUGCUCCCUGGCCGGCGGGGGGGUCUCCAGCCGGUCGGCGGUAGCCGGGCUCGGCGGCGGGGGCAGCCGCAGCAGCCCGGGCUCGGUGGCCGCCAGUCCGUCGGGAGGAGGCGGCCGCAGGAGGGAGCCGGCGCUCGAAGGCGUGCUCAGCAAAUACACCAACCUCCUCCAGGGCUGGCAGAACAGGUACUUUGUGCUGGAUUUUGAGGCCGGCAUCCUGCAGUAUUUUGUGAAUGAGCAGAGCAAACACCAGAAGCCUCGGGGAGCCCUGUCUCUGUCUGGAGCCAUAGUGUCCCUGAGCGACGAAGCCCCCCACAUGCUGGUGGUGUAUUCCGCUAACGGAGAGAUGUAUAAACUGAGAGCUGCUGAUGCAAAGGAGAAACAGUUUUGGGUGACUCAGCUUCGAGCCUGUUCCAAAUACCACAUGGAAACGAGUUCUAAGACGACUCCAAGUUCCCGAAGCCGCAGCCUCACUUUGCUCCCCCACGGAACGCCCAAUCCUGCGUCUCCCUGUAGCCAGAGACACCUCGGCGCGGGGGCCCCCGGUGUUGUCACAGUCACGCAUCACAAGUCGCCUGCAGCCGCCCGAAGAGCCAAGAGUCAGUAUCCCGGCCAGCUUCACGAAGUCAGAGAGAUGAUGAACCAGGUGGAAGGACAGCAGAAGAACCUCGUGCACGCCAUCGAGUCUCUGCCCGGCUCUGGCCCCCUCACCGCCUUGGACCAGGAUCUGCUGCUCCUGAAAGCUACCUCCGCCGCUACCCUCAGCUGCCUGGGGGAGUGCCUCCACUUGCUACAGCAGAGUGUGCACCGGGCGGGCCAGCCCGGCCACAAGCCGGGGGCCUCAGAGAACAUCCUGGGAUGGCACGGGCCCGAGUCACAUUCCACGGAACAGCUGAGAAACGGGACGCUUGGCUCUUUGCCCGCGGCCAGCGCCAACGUAACCUGGGCGAUUUUACCAAACUCCGCCGAAGACGAGCAGAGCCCGCAGCCAGAGCCAGAGCCAAACUCGGGCCCUGAACUGGUUUUGUCCGAAGAUGAGGACAGUGACACUGAAGACAAAGAAGAGACAGAAUUGGGUGCCAUGGAGGAUCAGCGUAGUAUAAUUCUUCAUCUCAUUUCACAGCUCAAACUGGGAAUGGAUCUGACCAAGGUGGUGCUUCCCACGUUCAUCCUGGAGAAGCGAUCCUUGCUGGAGAUGUAUGCAGACUUCAUGGCGCACCCGGACCUGCUGCUGGCCAUCACUGCCGGAGCCACGCCAGAGGAGAGAGUCAUUUGCUUUGUGGAGUAUUACCUCACAGCCUUCCAUGAGGGCCGCAAGGGGGCCUUGGCCAAGAAGCCCUAUAACCCCAUCAUCGGUGAGACGUUUCACUGCUCCUGGGAAGUCCCCAAGGACAGGGUCAAGCCAAAGAGGACUGCUCCCCACUCUCCUGCUAGCCACGAACACCCGAUGGCCGAGGACCCUUCCAAAAGCUACAAACUCAGGUUCGUGGCUGAGCAGGUGUCCCAUCACCCGCCCAUCUCCUGCUUCUACUGUGAGUGCAAGGAGAAGAGACUGUGCGUCAACACUCACAUAUGGACCAAAAGCAAGUUCAUGGGCAUGUCCGUGGGGGUCUCCAUGAUAGGGGAAGGUGUGCUGAGGCUCCUGGAACACGGGGAGGAGUACGUGUUUACCCUGCCCAGUGCCUAUGCUCGGUCUAUUCUCACCAUCCCAUGGGUGGAGCUUGGAGGGAAAGUCAGCAUCAGCUGUGCCAAGACUGGGUACUCAGCGACAGUGAUAUUCCACACAAAGCCUUUUUACGGAGGGAAAGUCCACAGGGUCACAGCAGAAGUGAAGCACAACCCAACCAACACCAUUGUUUGUAAAGCCCACGGAGAAUGGAAUGGUACCCUAGAGUUCACUUACAGCAACGGAGAAACCAGAGUCAUUGAUACGACCACACUGCCAGUGUACCCCAAGAAGAUCAGACCUCUGGAGAAGCAGGGGCCCAUGGAGUCCAGGAACCUCUGGCAGGAGGUGACCAGAUACCUGCGGCUGGGGGACAUUGAUGCUGCCACUGAGCAGAAGCGGCUCCUAGAGGAGAAGCAGCGGGUAGAGGAGCGGAAGCGGGAGAACCUGCACACACCAUGGCGGCCCAAGUAUUUUAUCCAGGAGGGUGACGGCUGGGUAUACUUCAAUCCUCUUUGGAAGGCACACUGAUGGGGUGGAGGUGCAGCUUUCAGAAAUAGCUCUGUUUUUUGUAGGAAUUAAAGUGGUUCAGUAUCAAGGU